GAUGAUCACGUGAAUAUAGAUCUACUGAUUAUUUUUGUGAGUUUUAUGUAAUCCGUUCGAGAGCAGCCAAUCAUUGGUUUAGUUUUGAUUUCAAUGUUGUGUCGUUUAGAUUUCAAUAUCGGAAACAAUUUCACAUAUUUUGAGAAUAAAUAAGGAGGAUUGAUCAUGCCACCGAAACGAAGGGGAAAAGGCAGAGGUCGUGGAGUUGCUCCAUCUCAUGAAAUUACUGAAAGUCAACCUGGAACAUCAGCAUCAGCAGUACCAAGAAGUGCACAAGAUGAAGUACACAGCAUUGUGCCAACAUCUAUACGAACUGAAACUGGUAUUGAUACACUUUCAAAAGCAAUGAAGCGACUUGGACUUGAAUUAACUUAUGAUGAUUCUUCUCAUUUUGUGUAUGCUAAAAGGCCCGGAAUAGGUACAUUAGGAAGGAAAAUACCUUUAAAGGCUAAUUAUUUUCCAAUUGAGUUACCUCACGGUGAAGUUUUUCAUUAUGAUGUUGAUAUUUACACUAUUAGAAAAGAAAGGACAGAUGAAGGUGAUAAGAAAAAAGAUGUGAAAAAAAAAGACAAAUGUUUAAAUACCAGAAACAAAAGAAAAGUGGUGGAAGCUAUGCUUAGAGCUAUAGACAUAUUCAGAAAUAUUCGUCCUGCUUUUGAUGGUGAAAAAAAUCUCUAUACUAGAAAUAAAUUGCCUAUUGAUAAUGAGAAAACAUUUAGCGUCAGUCUCACUGAUGAAGAUGGAAGAUCUGACAGUUAUGAAAUUAAAAUUCAACCUGUUAGUAAGAAAGGAACUGGAUCUCUUGUUAAAAAUUCAAUUAGCCUUGAACCUUUACAUCAGUUACUUGAGGGAAAAUGUUUUAUAAUAAGUGAAGAAAUAAUUAUGGGAAUAAUGGCCAUAGAAACAAUAUUAAGGCAUGGUCCAGCAUUACGUUUAGUUCCUGUUGGUAGAUCAUUUUUUCAGAAACCAAGAGGAGAAGAAGUUCCUCCAUUAAGUGGUGGAAGAGAAAUAUGGUUUGGACACCAUCAAAGCAUGAGAAUUUCUCAAUGGAAACCAAUGUUGAAUAUUGAUAUGUCAGCAACUACAUUUUAUAAAAGUGGACCUGUUAUUAAUUAUAUGUUGGAAAUCUUGUAUCCCAAAGAAGAAAAUAAGAUGAAUAAAUUAAGACAAAUCAAAAUGCUAAAUGAUUAUGAAAGAAAAAUAUUUGCAAAAGAGUUGAAAGGUUUACGUAUUCAAGUUACUCAUCUUAGUUAUCCACGAAAGUAUAGAGUUUCUGAUGUCACACGGGAAAGUGCACACCAUACAAUUUUUUUCAGGGAAGAGAAUGGGAAGAAAAUUAAAACAUCAGUAGCUCAAUAUUUUGAAAUGGAAUAUAAGAAAUUGCAAUAUCCUAAUUUACCUUGUUUAGAUGUAGGAACACAGAAUAAAAAGAUUUAUUUACCUAUGGAAGUUUGUGACAUUGUAGAAGGUCAGCAUUGCAAGAAAAAAUUAACGGAAAUUCAGACAUCUGAAAUGAUUAAAUGUACUGCUCGUCCACCUGCAGAGAGAUUCAGGGAUAUUCAACACUCUCUGACUGAUUGCAUUAAAGAUUUUCGCCCUUUUGAAAAGGAAUUUGGCAUUCGUAUUAACUCGACGCCUAUGCAGUUUGAAGGUCGAGUUUUAGCUCCACCUCAUGUUUUAUAUAAUGAACAGCAGAAAAUUAAACCUUCUAAUGGAUCUUGGGAUAUGAAGGGAAAACAAUUUUACACAGGUGUAAAUAUUGAUAAAUGGAUGUUACUUAGUUUCUCAACAGCUCGUUGGUGCAAUGAAGAAACUUUAGAAAAUUUUGCUAAAUUACUCUUUACUGGUGGGAGAAAUGUUGGAAUAAAAUUUGCUCGGCCUGUUAAAAUUGCAUGCUUUAAUCCACGGACUACAAUUGCACGAAAUAUCAUUAAAGAAGCACUGGAUAUAGAACCAAAGCUACAAUUAGCAGUGAUUGUACUUCCAACACAAGGGCCACAAAACAUUUAUACAGAAAUAAAAAAUGUAGCAGAGACUGAAUUAGGACUUAUGACACAGUGUGUUAAAGAUAGCAAUACUUCAGGUAGAAAGUGUAAUCCUCAACUGAUUUGUAAUCUUUGCCAAAAAAUAAAUGCAAAGAUGGGAGGAGUAAAUAAUUCUUUACUACCAAAUGAAAAACCUCCUGUGCUCAAAAACCCUAUUAUAAUUAUUGGGGCUGACUGUACUCAUCCAGCACCAGGAGAUAAAGUGAAACCUUCUAUUGCUGCAGUAGUUGGAAGUCUUGAUGGAUUUCCUAGCCGAUACAAAGCUAGUGUUCGUGUACAACAAGCAAAGACAAAAGAUGGGAAAGAGAAUGAAACAAGACAGGAAAUUAUUAUUGAUUUAAAAGAUAUGGUAAAAGAAUUGUUAAAAUCAUUUUAUAAACAUACUGGAGGGAAAAAACCAGAAAAAAUAAUUUUUUAUAGAGAUGGUGUAAGUGAAGGAGAAUUUAGUAAAGUACUAAAUGAUGAAUUAAAACAAGUAAAACAGGCAUGUUUAGAACUUAAUGAAGAUUAUAAACCACCCAUUACUUUUAUUAUAGUUGGAAAACGCCAUCAUACUCGUUUUGCACCUUUGGAUCGAAGAGAUGGUGUAGGAAAACAUGCCAAUAUACCACCAGGUACAACUGUUGAUACAGAUAUUGUACAUCCAAUUGAAUUUGAUUUUUUUAUGUGCAGCCAUACUGGUAUUCAAGGCACAAGCAGACCAGCACAUUAUACUGUUCUUUGGGAUGACAAUGAAUUCAGUGCUGAUGAAUUACAAACCCUAACCUAUUAUCUUUGUCAUACUUAUGUUCGUUGUACCCGUAGCAUAUCUAUUCCAUGCCCAGUUAUGUAUGCACAUUUAGCAGCCUAUCGAGCAAAACAAUAUUUAAUAGCUAAGACAGAAGAGAUGAGUAGUUCAGGCAGUGAAACUUCUGGUCAGACAGAAGUCAUUGUUCAGGAGAGUAUUAGACAAGCUGUUAAAGUGGUGCAAGAUAUGCAAAAUACCAUGUAUUUUGUAUAAAAAUAAUGUGAGGACACAUUUACAUAGUUUUUCAAAAAAAAAAAAAAAAAAAUCAGAAAUUUCAUGUAUUUUAGAUUUAUA